GCGCCACAUAAACACAUCCUUUCCCUUCUUAGCUCCAAUCCGCAAUCAGUCGCGCCGUCAGCUGCUGACCGCCGGCUAUCGUGGGCAGGUCGAGCACCAUCUCUCUCUCUCAGAUUUCAUCGAUUGACGCCGCUCGUUUCCACUAGCCGACGCGGGAUAAUCGCUUUUCGUCAACAUCCACUGAUGGUCUCUGCGUCGUGAUUGCUGUCACUGGGUACUGCCGCUUUUUACUCUGUUCACAUCGUGCGGACUGGGCCAUUUUCAAUUAAAGUAAAUUAUAGGUACCGUUUUGUGGGUAGUUUCAAUCUGAAUUGGUUAUUUUGUUGUGCGGUUGAGGCGGGACCUCCUAUUUGGAAGUUGGAAUCAAUGAGAUUGUGGAUUGAGACGUUCUGUCCUAGUUUGUAUUGUAUGGAAAGUUCGAUCAGCUGCCGUGGCUUACUUGAAAUUCAGAUGUAUUGAAGUGGCCUUUAAAUAAAUGGAUGUUGCUCACUGCACUCUGGACGGCAAUGCUGAUGGAGUGGAGUUUUGCCCUCACAGUUCAUUUAGUAAUGUUCUUGCUGCCUCCACUUAUACACUACAAGAGGGUGAGCAGCCCAGUCGUUCUGGAAGCCUAUCAAUCUUCAAUGUCAAUGCAGAUAUUGGCUCUUUGGAGCUGCUUCAUCGUGUGGAAACGGCAGGGAUCUUUGAUAUAAAGUGGAGUCCUGUGGGUCAGACCGCAAGUCCUCUGCUUGCUCAAGCAGAUGCUGAUGGCUGUCUCAGAAUUCAUGCUCUUGAGUGCUCUUCAAAUGGUGUAGAAGGAGAAUAUUUAAAAGAGAAAUGUGGCAGCAAAAUUUCGUCCUCGAUGUGUCUUUGCCUGGAUUGGAAUACUUCGGCCUCAUCCAUCUCUGUGGGGCAUUCAGAUGGUUCUAUCUCAAUACUCUCUGCAGGAGAAUCCCAUUUAGAAGUUCAAAACCAAUGGAAAGCUCACGAGUUUGAGCUUUGGGCAACCGCUUUUGACACACACCAACCUCAUUUAGUGUACACUGGCUCAGAUGACUGCAAAUUUAGCUGUUGGGAUUUGCGAGACACUCCUUCCAAAGUUUUUCAUAACACCAAAGUCCACAAAAUGGGUGUUUGUUGCAUUGCCAAAAUUCCCAAUGACCCUUACAAGUUACUCACUGGAAGCUAUGAUGAAAACCUGAGAGUGUGGGACAUACGAGCAAUCUCAAAGCCCAUAAAUGAAACAUCAAUUUGCUUGGGUGGUGGCGUUUGGAAAAUCAAGCCCCACCCUUCAGUUUUUGACGUUGUUCUGGCUGCUUGUAUGCACAAUGGAUUUGCUAUUGUUAGAGUAAAAGAGGAUGGUGCAGAAGUAGUUGAAACUUAUGCCAAGCACAGCUCUCUUGCUUAUGGAGCAGAUUGGCAAAGAGAAGAUUCGUCUCAAGAAGAUAAAAGGAAAAGGUAUGCUGUUGCAACUUGUUCAUUUUAUGAUAAGCUUCUCAGGAUAUGGAUACCAGAAACUGAUAUUAUCACUUGAUUGCUUCACACACGUGUUAAAUUGGAUGUUUUUCUUCAAGCAUGUUGAAUUUCUUGAUAAAUUUAUCUUUGUUCUUACCUCGUUCAGUAUUGUAUUGGAGGAUUUUAUUUCGUUUUAUUGCAUACAUAUUCUUGAGCGGAA